UCCGGUACGAUGCACACACCCGCAUCACAACACCGCAUAUAAUGGAUCCAAAGUCAUACAAAACGUCCAAGGAUCGCCACACAAAGGGUGGCAGUGACAAUCUGGCACUGACUGCUGUAGCACUACAAGAUCACUGGUCACGGACGCUGUCACUAGGUGUAACCCACGGCCCCCGCAGUGUGGGGCUCGGUCCAGCAGCUAGGGCCAAGCAGAGGAAAUGUGUCAGGCCUGUUAUUGACACAGGGAGAUUUAGGCAAAAAGCAAAGAAAGCUUCUAAACCAGAAGUGGAAGAAGAAUAUGUCUUAGAUGCCAAACCUCCUCCACUGACCUUGGCACAGAAGUUUGGCCUGGUGGAUGCGCCGGACCAGCCACUGUCAGAAGCAGAGUGGAAGAAUGUCAAGGAGAAAUCUAACAAACGAGAUGACUCUCACCAGCCCUGUGUUAUCUGUAAAGAAGACUUUGGACUUCAGGAACAGGUUCUGCUUUCCUGUACCCAUGUAUUUCACCGGGCAUGUCUACAAGCUUUUGAGAGGUUUACUGGGAAGAAGACAUGUCCCAUGUGUCGACGUGAACAGUAUCAGACUAGACUUAUACACGAGGGCGCCAAGCUUCACAGACUCACCUGCGUCACUAGGAUUCAAGCAGCAUGGCGCGGCUAUGUUGUUCGAUGUUGGUACCGUAAACUGAGGGAGACACAUCCACCAACUGAUCCCAAACUCAGAAAGAAAUUCUUUGAGGACAAGCUGCAGACAAUCACAGACCGAAUGGUGCGAUCAUGUGACUUUAAUGUCGGGGACUUCCUGUCAGAGAUUGACAGAAGUCUGAAAGCAAGUCGUGAUGUGUUCCGAAACUUUGACGCAAUGUUCACCCAGAUCACAGAGGAGGAAUGGGACAAGAUACAACUAAAGGCUGUCGAGCGCGGUCAUGGCGACUGCCCAAUCUGCCUGACAUCCCUCAAGACCAAAGGACUCACAACUGAGACUCAAGAAGCCAAGAACACAACGUCAAAAGGAAGAAAAACUCCCAGAAAAAAACAAAAUCCAUUACUAAUACUUCAGAACUAUCCAUUGCCUAAAUCAAAACCUGGAAAUAUCCAAGAAAGCCUGAGUAUGAACAGUGUUGAGACUGGGACUUCUCCUCGAGUGACUGAUCCUGAAGCAGGUCCUGGAGGUGACAGGAGUAGUCGGACCACGGUGUUGUUGUCCUGUUCCCACGUGUUCCAUGAGACGUGUCUCGACAUGCUAGAGCACCUGGCUAUGGGGGAGAUCAAGAGGACCUGUCCUGUGUGUCGCACUGCGUACCAGAAGAAAGUCAUACAUCUAGCAUGACAAUGGGGCAGACACCAUGAACUGAAUCCACAAUUCACUUCUGACUAGUUGUCUAUGUAACAUCCGGGGAGACAACUACUGCUAGUCCUUACAACUUUCAGUAAUCAUUAGUAGUCUAAAACGUCACAGACUAUUCAUUGGCUGUGAAGAACUCGUGGUUGUGGGAUCUGCACAUGUACAAACCAGUCACUCCACACCAUUUGUGUUAGGGAAAGGGGGGAGGUUUAAACCAUCAGUGACAAAAGACCAUCAACUUAUGGAAGAAUAUUUUUAGCUGGAUUAUCUGAAAGUCGUAAGAACUAGGCUCUCCCUUGGUAACACGUUUGUCCCAGGACCCCCCAAUAGUAGUCGCUAACAACAGGUAUAGGGCGUUGGGAACCUCAAGGGGCGUGUUUCUUCCAGCGUCAGUACCUCAAUGUAUUGUCACUGUUUCCUGAUUGUGACACCUGACAGAAAUGAAAUGUUCAUAUUUUAGGAUCCCAGUCCUUGUAAUAACCCAAAUACAAAUUGGAGAUUAUAGAGAUUCCUUAUGCAUGUUACAGAUCAAAAUACAUACUAUGGAAGAAAAGCUCAACAUGACCAGUCAUGUGGAACAGUCAUGUUGCAGUUCAGAUCAAAACACUUCAGUAGAUGAAUACUCAUAGGUACUGCAUUUCUAUAUAGCUUAUGACCAGUGCCAAAAUAUACUAGUAUACAAGAAACAGAUAUUGUGGCCAAAGUGAUGUUGACAGGCUGUAGACUUAGCAUAUCAUGACAGUGAAAGUUGGAGACUGUUAGCAAGGGUUUGAAACUUGUGUUGUCAUUAGUCCUUAGGAUGAUAUAAGUUGUACUAGAUUGUAUUGUUUCUAUUGAUACAUAACUAUCAUAUAUUUGGUUGAGACUGUACAACUAGUGCUGGUUUCUAACAAUCAAGUCAUGUGCAGUGUACACUCAUAAGGCCACUUUAUAGAACAGCCCAAGUGGAAUGUGGCUUAUGUAUUGUUCCAAGAGUGUAGCGCCUUACGAUUUUUGUGAUUGCCAAAAUAUCACUUUUCUUCUUUUCCUUCAUAGUGCAACAAGAAGUCAAUAUGUUUCUCUAUGAAUAUGAUCGUUAAUGAAAAUUAGCAUGUUGGUUACAUCUUGUGUGUACAUUAUUCCAGUUAGACUUGAUACAUUUUACAGUUGUGGUUUGGAAAAUGACAUUUUAGUCCAUUAUUGUGCCAUUCCUGUGUGAGUUCUUUAUUUAAUGUCAGGUGUGUUUCACUAUUGUCCGUGUGUCACUGUGUAUUUUGAACUUUGGCUCAUGUAUGAUCAUCGACCUUCAUAUCACACUGGGGCGGUCAAGUAGCCUAGUGGUUAAAGCGUUUGCUCGUCACCCCAAAGACCCGGGUUCGAUUCAUGACAUGGGUACAAUGUGUGAAGCCUAUUUCUGGUGUCCCCCGCCGUGAUAUUGCUGGAAUAUUGCUAACAGCGGCGUAAAAUCAUACUCACUCACUCAUAUCACACUACUCUCUGUUUCAUGUAUAUCAUAGUGUCUUUAUAUCUUCCAAGCUAUACUGUCUUUACAAACAGAUUCACUGUGUUCAAAUGGGUAGUGAACUCUGUCUGUUUGUACAUCUCAGUGCCAUUACAAACUAUUUGAGCUAAACACAAGUAUACUGAGCACAUGAUUCAUAAAUGUUGACAUUGAGUAAAGUAGGGAAGAUGAGCUUUCUGCAUGAAUGGUCAAUACUCUUGUUCUUGAGUUACUUGUGUAUACUGAAAUUAUAAAGUGACUCUGACAAAAUUGUGUUAGCCAUCUUUCAUUCUUUCCGGGACAUGAACAACUAACAGGACAUGAAUUUAGGGAAUAUGAGAGUGGCUGCAAGAAUAUAUGACCAGUGAGCACAGACGUUUUUGUUAUAUGAAAACUAUGUGUCUGCCUUACAGUGGGUAGCAGUAGAUGAAUUGCUCCUUGUUUUGGUAACAAAGCAUAUGGUAUAACUGCA